AUGCAUUUUCUCAUAGUUUGUGAAUGUAAUACGAGACCGCACGAACUGUUAACAUCUAUCUAUCUAUCUAUCUAUCUAUCUAUCUAUCUAUCUAUCUAUCUCAUUCUGCUUCAUUCUAUCUCCAACUGUUUCUAUCUAAACCUCUUUCUUUCUAUCUAUCUAUCUAUCUAUCUAUCUAUCUAUCUAUCUCAUUCUGUCCGCAAGAGAGAGGCACUCUUUGAUGCACAAAAGAAACUUGAAGACCAAAUGCGUGAAGAAGAGGACGAACUGCUCAUGUCAUUUCAGAAAGAGCGUAAAGCAGAAAACCAGAGGCUCUCUCAAGAAAUUGAAGAAGAAUGGGAAAAGCAGUUGGUGGAAUUGACCAAAAAAUUCAAUGAUAAAAGUCGAAAAAAGAUGGCUGACAUCGACAAAAAGACGAUGACCUUGCAGUUUGAAAGCCAAAAGAAAGAUCUGGAAAAAUCCAUGACUUUGAAACGCGAGCGGAAGAAAAAGUCGAUGACACUGCGACUGCGUGAAAUUGAACAACAGAAGACGUCGACUAUGGUCCAACGCCAGAGCGCGCAGAUGCUGAAGCUUGUAUCGGAGAUGAGAGAUGAAUUGAGGGUCGAACUCAAGAAGGAACUAAUUCAAGAAAAGCAAAUGGAAGAGGAAGAGGAUAGUUACUCUGACAUCGCCAACACAAAUGGAACGGAUGGUGUGCUCAGCGAAAUGGACAAUAUACGAAUCGAAGAAGUUAUUCAGCAUUUUGCUUCUGUUCCAACUUCUGCAGAAAUGCCUCCAAUACAUCCUCCCAGUUGUAGAAAGCAUGACUUGUACACCGAUGUGUCUGUCUUCACUGAUAUAGAUGAGCAUGUCAUCAAGGUGGCAGAAACAGAUCAAGGCUCCUACACUGAAUUGAUUCGUCAACUCACAGAGUCAUGUAUUGGAGAUUUAGAAAAAGCAAGGUAA